GAGUUGUAGUCUCGCCAGCGGGCGCUGCCGCCCCGAGGCCGCUGGUGGGGACUCAAUGUCCCAGCGCGCCCCGUGCGGCGCCGUGGCCGCGGCUGCCGGCGGAGGGGAGAGGCGGGAAAGGCGGGCGGCUGCCGUGAGGAGGCGUUGGGCCCAUGUUGUGUCGGGGCUGCAGGAGGACACACAGGGCCUGUUUGAUAAGACCGGGAUGGAAGAGUCCAAUGGGAACCUUACCAUCCAUAGAGACACCAUCCUGUCUGAGGUGUGCUGGGAUCACGUCACCAUAACAAACCUAUGAGUCUUUCUGGUGUGCUGUAAGGGCUGGAAGUGCUGAGAUCUUUGGUGGCUUUAAUUGACCCUCAGGAGGGAAGCUGACUCAGUCUCAAGAGAAAGCCUUAAACUUGCUGGACAUUUGGAAAACCAUACUUGCAGCUGUUCCUGGGCCUAUGUGAGCGACCUCAGUGGAGCAACAGCUCAAAGAUGGGAGAUCAGGAUGCAGGUGAACCCUUUCUGGGAAUAGUGGCUGGUGGUGCCACAGACUAUGAAGGAGUUCUGCCUUCAGACACAGUGUCACUCAGCGAUUCUGAUUCUGAUGAUUUGGGCUUAGCGGAUGAAGCAGAAGUUGAUACAAUAUCUCCAGAGGAGCCAUCUGUAGGUGAUGGGGAUCACAGAUCAAGGGAAACCCCUGACUCCUCAAACAGCAGUCAAAGAUCUCCUGUCCAGCCGUUCCAUCUGAGGGGCAUGAGUUCUACGUUCUCCCUCCGUAGCCAGAGCAUUUUUGAUUGCCUGGAAGAGGCAGCCAAGUUAUCUGUGCCGUCAAUGCCUGAAGAUAAUGUUGUUGACGGAAGGUUUAAGCGUCCAUUGCCUCCAGCCACAGGGUCAAGUAACACGGUUCCAGAAAGCCUGGGCAAGCAGGCCAAGCCAGUGCACGCUUCCAAAACUACUCCUGCAGUGCCUGACUAUGUUGCACACCCAGAGCGCUGGACCAAAUACAGCCUGGAUGGAGUUUCAGAAUCUAGUGACAAGACUAACAGAGCAGUGGCCAUGGAAUUUCUAGAGGGUUUGAAGAAAAGAGGGGAGGAACAAAGCUCAGCUGCCCAACAUAGCUACACCCCAUACUUCAACCAGGACCCUUCCAGCUGUGGAGCUGGGAGGAUUGUCUUCACCAAACCUACAAAAAGGGGUGUUGAUGGACUGGAAAAGAAAACAUCAGCAUGGGAGGAUGACAAGAAACAUGUGACAGCAGAUCCGAAAGGAAAAUCUCUUAAGAAGUCUGAUGACUUGAGGGAAGAGGAUAAGAUAGAACUGGGGCACUUAAAUAGUGCAAGUGGAAAGGCAACAGAAGAGGACGAGUGUUUGACGGCGGGGGACCUGAAUACAGACAGUAAGCUUAGUGCAAGGUUUAGUGGUGCAGGUGAAGAGCCACGGGUGGAAACAGUUGGAUUCCAUUGCAGUAAGAAGAAAAAUAGGAAGAAUUUCCGACCUAAAGUAGAUGAUGAAGGGGAGGAGGAAGAAUCCUAAAGGCUGGAGCACAUUGGAGACAAUCCAAGGACUUGUGCUGUCUUUGGAUAUGUUUGGUUUUUUCUCUUUUUUUUUUUUUUUUUCUGGUCUGGAAACCAUGUGGUACCUUUUUGUCUAAUGGUUUGCAUUGUAGCCAUCAAGAAUAUUUUAUGUUGUUAGAAAUUAAGCUACCUAAAAUACACUCCAGACUCUUUGUUCGUGAGAAGUUCUGUGGGCACAGGAUAGUUGCACUCUGGCAGGGGAGAAAAAAGUGCGCUUUCUUUGCUCGAGCUGCUCCCAGGAGCUUCCUCUGGAGCUGAAGUAGCCCUGAGGGCCAAAGAAAAAGAUGUAUUAGCUAAAAGACUGCAAGGCUUCCUACUAACACCCAAAUUUAGAGCAGUUCCCAAAUCCUAUAGAUUAUUGGAACAAGGAUGAUGAGCUCAUUAUGCAGAGAUUUUUAAACAAUGAAAAUCAAGCCUAGUCUUUCACUAGAUGUGAUUUCUCCUGGCUCUGUCCCAGGGAGGAAGACUUAAAAUAGAUAGACACAUCCUUCCCUCAUUGCCAUUGAGAGUGAAAGCACAGUGAUGCCCAAUCAUGAGUUUAGAGGGCCCAGGUGGGAGCUAGCAAAACUAAUAUUUUUUUUUUUAAGGUGGGCUUAAUAUUUACCUUAUUUUGUGUUACAUGACAAAAAUUUUAAAAAAACAAUGUUUCCUGUGCAGAGGUACCACUCUGGAUACAUCCUGGUGAAGACACCUUCAGGGUGGCAUCAGCAGAGUCCCACCAUGUUCAGUGUAGAUCAGAAUUUGCAACAGCUUCAGUUGUCAAGUUGGGCAGCAGCUUUUCCUCAUACUGGUAGGCUGUGAUGUGAUGAUUCCGGGCCUGCAUAUUUAUGUGUCCUUUCCAGGUGGCACUGCUUCCACAUUGGUUCAGUGUGUGGAUUUGGUGGGAAUGAGAGGAUUUACACCAGAACUGGGUGUUUUUUUUGUUCUUUGGGAUUCAAUAAACUUUCAGUUGUAGCUUGGUUUCUUUAUCUCUUUGAACCCUGCUGAUUAGUGCAGUGAUAAGAGUUUUAACAAAUACUCAGUUUAUUUGCUUUAAGAAUUGUCUUGAAAAUCUUCUAGAACGUUACUCUAAGCUUACCCUCUGGUAACUUGUUCCUCAAGUCUUAUAUUUUAGGUUCUAAAAUGCACAUUUUUUAACAUUUUCAGUCAUUUUAUACUAUAUAGAGAAUCACCUCAUAGGAUGAAUCGCCUCAUAGGAUGAAUCACAUUGUAAUGUAUGUCAAAUAUAGUAGUUCUUCACACAGAAUGUUAAUAAAUUUUACAAAUAAGGUUAAAAGAAAGGUUAUAUGAUUUGAAACUCAAAUUAGUUCAGGUCAGUUUGGACUGACUUUUUUUUUGCCAGUUUUCUAAAUAAACCAAGCCCAAUGUUAGUAUUAUUAACCAUGUAGUGAAAGAAUACUUCUUUAAAAUUUGCACUUCUUCCUGCUAGACUGUGCUUGCUCAAACCCUGAUGGAUAUUUGAGGAGGUUACUUCUUCUCUGAAGGUGUCAGCACAUUAUCAAUAAUUGACUGAUAGGAGCAAAUCAUUUGGGUCUUUGUGUUUGAACAGAUGAAUCAUUUGGCAGCAGAAAACAAUGUAAAAAGAAUACUAUUGCUCCAUCUUUUGGAAUUCACCUUUUAAAUUGUAAAAGCUGAAUGUAUUUUCUUGUGAGUAUACAGUUCAAUGCACAUUAAUUAAUGGGUCAUUGCUAAAUAAAUCAGUUGAUCCAGUGCAUGUGAGUAGGACAUAACAGUUCCGAAUAGCUAGAUUUUGGUUUCCAGUGGAUAAUUAGUGUGCCAUUUCAGAAUAGAAGCUGCUGCCGAGAGCAGGACGUGCUGGUUGUAUGAUAUGCAUUAUUUCCUAACAAAGAAUGUAGAAUGUUACUGGUUUGUAACUGCUGCUUGUCUAGGGUGAAGAGCAGCUAGGACAGUACCAAAAUCCCAUCACUGUUAAUGGCGUCACUGAGGUCUGGGGCACAGCUGAAUAGAUUGGACAAUUGCCUAUUUUAUGAGGAUAUCAUAACAAGAUUAUUAAUAAAAGACUCAUAUCAGAAAAGUA